UUUUUUUUUUUUUUUUUUUUUUUUUUUUUUUUUUCAUAUUUGCUUGUUCUGAUUCAACUUUAUUUUAAGAAUUGGAUUUUGCUUUUAUUGUUAUGGUUUGAUUAAUUUUAAGAUUAUGUUUUUGAGUUUGUAUUUUGAUUAUGCUUGAGUUUAAGAGAUGUUUGAGAGAAAGAUGGUAGUGUUUGUAGCCGUGAAAGGAGAGAGAAAGGGAGGAAAGAGAAAAAAGUCUUUUUUUUUUUUUUUUUUUUUAAUUCAAUAAGUAUUAUUUUAAGGGGAAAUAUUCUUUGCAUAAGCUACAGUAGCUCUCCAGGCUACUGUAGCAAAUCUAAAAAAACUUUGGAGAUGGAGAGGUUGUUGGAGGGGUUUUCUUUUGUGUGAACAGUGACUUUUUUGGAGAAAAAAUAGAGAUAACUUGACUGUUGGAGAUGCUUUUAGCAGCCUAUAGGCUAUAACCAAGUUUGUUGCUAAAUUCUAUUCAAAUAAAAAAGAUAAAAGACCACUACUAUGCAUCAUUGGCGACCAUCGCACAAGUAUAAAAGUCCUUGUGGGGGUGGGGUGGGAGUAAAAGCUGGGUUCAACAUAUAAUUUCGUUUUUGCUAGAAGGGCACAUGUAAUUAACGAAGGGCUUGUUUGGCAAUAUUGUUCUAGUAAUGUUGUUUAAGUGUGUGAAAAAGUGUUUUGAAAAUACAUGUUGUGUGUUAUUUAAACGUGAUAGAUUUUUAAACACUUUUUUAACUUUACAGAUUUUUAAAAUAAUUUUGAUGGCAAGACGUUUGGUCUUACAAAUAGCUCUUAAAACUGUUGGCGAAUGUCAAACAUCUGUAAGUAUUUUUCUUUAUUUGGUACCAGAUUCAGCAAGGUAUAUGGGAUUAAAGAAUAUGGAUUUGGGCCUAGCGUUCCUAGGAUAUUUGUUUCUAGAUGGGCUGUUCCUUUGCAUUGCUGCGGAGCACGAGAUCACCUUUGAUCUGAGAGAGAAAGUUGUUACAAGUCUGUGUAACAAAAGCGAGAGCUUGCUCCUUGUAAACGAAUCGUACCCAGGCCCUACACUUCGUGUUCGCAAAGGCGAUACAGCUUAUAUUACUGUCAACAAUAAUGGUUUAUAUGGUCUUACCGUUCACUGGCAUGGAGUAAAGCAACCAAAAAAUCCAUGGUCAGAUGGUCCUGAAUACAUUACACAAUGUCCCAUUCAGCCAGGAAAUAGCUUCACUUAUAAGGUCAUAUUUUCUGAUGAAGAAGGAACUUUAUGGUGGCAUGCCCAUAGUGACUGGACACGUGCCACAGUAUAUGGGGCCAUCGUCGUUGAACCUGCUAAGGGAAAAUUAUAUCCAUUUGACAAGCAGCCAGAUGGCGAACACAUAAUUAUACUUGGGGAAUGGUACAAUGGAUACUUGAGGACAAUGCUCGAAGCUGCCAUGAGAAUCGGAGCUGAUGUAGCACCAUCAGAUGCUUACACUAUCAAUGGUCAACCUGGAUUUUCAAAUGAUUGCUAUAUUGAAAAUAUAACAAUAUUUGAGGUUGCUCGUGGCAAUACAUAUCUUCUCCGAAUAGUAAGUGCAGUGAUGAAUGAAGAAAUGUUCUUUGGAAUUGCUGGACACAAUAUCACAGUAGUGGGUCAAGAUGGUGCAUACUUAAAGCCCAUACCCACCAGCUACAUCAUGAUUUCCCCUGGACAAACAAUGGAUGUCUUGGUCACAGCAAACAAUUCCAUUGAUGGGCACACUUCCUAUUACAUGGUUGCUACGCCUUAUUCAGACUCAGGAGGGGCUCCGUUCAAUGAAAAAAGCACUUCAGCAGUUCUCAACUACGGUGGUUUAAUAUAUAAUCCUCUCUAUCCAGAAUUCCUUCCUGAUCCUAAAAAUACAGACGCCGCAGAUGCCUUUACAAAACAAAUAAAGACAUUGGCAACUGAAGAGCACCCAAUUGAUGUCCCACAAGAAAUUGAUGAAAGAAUAUUCAUUACAAUAUCUGUGAAUCAAUUGCCUUGUAAUCUACCUGAAGGUGAGAAAUGUGGAGGGCCAGGUGGUAACAUGCAUGCUUCAACCUUAAACAACAUAAGUUUCCAGAACCCAUCGGUUGAUAUAUUGCAAGCAUACUAUUGGAACUUAACCGCUUCUACUGCUCCUCCUCUUCCUUUUGACACUGAUUUUCCGGCUUUCCCUCCUGUUCCUUUUAACUACACCGCAGGUGACAAUGCCCAAUAUCAAUUUCCCAGCCUAGGAACGAAGGUAAGGAUGAUAGAGUAUGGUCAAAGAGUGGAAAUCGUGUUCCAAGGGACUAAUAUAGGGAAUCCGGAGAACCAUCCAAUUCAUCUUCAUGGUUAUAGCUUCUACGUGGUUGGAAGGGGUCAUGGAAACUUUGACACCGACCCCAAUUACAAACAUGAUUACAAUUUGGUUGAUCCUCCUAGAGUUAACACAAUUGGAGUUCCUAAAAACGGCUGGGUUGCCAUUAGAUUUAAAGCUGAUAAUCCCGGGGUUUGGUUUAUGCACUGUCAUUUGGAAAAGCACGCCAUCUACGGUAUGGCUGGGGUCCUCAUUGUGAAGGAUGGAGACAACGAUCAGGAAAAAAUGCUGCCACCUCCUAAAGAUGGUAUGCCUAAAUGUUGAUUGUUUUAGAAAUUUUUUCUGUUGGAUCUGUGUAUUUUAGAAAAUGUUUCAGCUCGAUCUUAAAAUGGCACCUUCAACUAUAGUUCGCCUAUUUGUUUAGUGUAUUUUAGUAAAUGUUUCGGUUCGAUCUCUAAGUGGCACCUCCAACUGGUUUGCUUGUAUGUUCAGUUUGUAUUUUAGAAAAUGUUUUGGUUCGAUCUCUAUGGACUCAUAGAAUGGAAAAUAAUUUGAAUUGGGACUUUUGAGAA